UCGCGGAAUUCAGCAAAUGAAUGUGGCUUAUAAAGUCCACUGUCUGGCAACUCCAUGCUGCUGUUUUGUCUGGCAUCAAAACACGACAUAGAGAAUGCAUCUUCUAUCAUUCCUGGCAUCAAAACAAAAGCAGCUGAUAUCACAUAUGGAAAUUAAACAAAGAAAAUUACAUACAUACAUAUAUAUUUUGAAAAGAUUAAAAAUUUCACUGAAAUAACAAUUAGUUUCGUAACUACUGAGCAAAUGUUUGUGAAAAAUAAAAUAUAAGAAAAAGGAAAAUGUGCAUAGUAAUGAAAUCUAUUGAUUGAAACGAUCUGUUAUUGCCAUUAACUGAAGUAAUGCAGUUGGUAUUCAAUGCAACAAAAUAAGUGAUUAUUUACGAUUAAUUUGGUGAAGAUGUCGGAGAUAAUGGAGCACAUACAUUCCCGAGAGUCAAAUAUGCAGGAAUACUUGGAGCUACUGCCCCCGUCGGAAUGUAGCUUGCUAAAGAGUUGGCUGCAGGCCUUAGGCCCCGACAUCGACUCUAGCGGACCAGCAAAUUUCGAAAGCAUAACGCAACAGCUGAAGCGCCGCACAUACCCAACAUUACAGAUAUUGAAUUUGAACCGCGAGAAAUCCAAACUUCAUAUUCGGCGUGUAAUCGCUGAAGUGUUGCAGCUAUUAUUGACGCAAAAUGAUAGCAAAUGUAGGGCACAGUUCAUUAAUUUCAUUGUGAACUUUCCGCUAAAUAUACUGGAUGUGACGUCAUUACGCUUAAGGUUAAUAAAACAAUUAAUUUCGGAGAUGGCGCAGACUGAUGAUGCUUACUUAGCUUUGCUGGCACGACAGGAGUCCAACCUAUUAGUGGAAGUACUUGAACAGUCACAGGAGCAGUGGCAGAAUUGCACAACAGGCGUACCCAAUAAAGAAUUCGUAUUGCAUCAGGCUUUGCGCUAUAAGCAGCAUUUUGCACCGUUGGUAGCGAUACACUUGAAGAAUGCGCAUAGUGUGGCCGAUAAGGGGCUGCGUAAUAAUUUGCUGAUAUUGAAAAUUGCCAAUGAGCUAUCCAAUACCACACAAACAUUGGCCGAAGUGGGCAACAUAAACAAAUGGUUGACAGAAUAUUCUGUUGACGAUACUCCGGCGCAUUUGAAGGAAAUGCAUAAAUUUUUCUAUGCCGAUUUUCAGCGCAUUGCAAUUAUUAUAGAUUUCUUGAAAAGGUUCUCGGAAGCAUAUAAAUGCAUUCCAUUAGAUACAAUACUAAAUACGCGUUACGCUCUAAAUCUGCUGUAUGACUACGACAUCGAUGUCAGUUUCGAAGAUACCCGUCGCUUAUUGGAAGCCACACGCAAGUGGCAAAUACAUUUAUCAAAAACGAAAUGUCUUUAUGAACUUGAAAUGGAAACAUUAAAUUAUUACACAGCCUUGUCCACUGUGUGCGACAUAAUGCUGCCCAUCACAAUUAACUGUAAUUCGGAUACAUAUUACGACGGCAAGAUUCAGCAAUUGAACGCAAUGCUGCGGAAAAUACUCAACGUGGACAUGUUAUGCGCACUUAUCGAAGACAUUUUCCAGUUGAUUUUUCUGCGCUGGGAGCAUUUGCGCAUGUCUUCGAAUAUAUUUUUUUCUGCAAUUCGGCCGAAUCGUAGUCACUCUGGACACUCAAGCGCCGCUAAUAGCACAGCUGCAGCUACCGAUGAGACUCAUACAACGUCGAUGCGUUCAACGCCCACUUCAGCUAGCAGCGGACGUCAUGGUUUCAUUUGUAACGGUCGUUCACUUCAAGCAAUUUUUGGAUUUUUGAAAAAUUUCAUAACUAAAAAAAUACAUUCAGAAGAUUACAAACAUGCAUCAGAGCGUGUGCAGCUUCGCUUUCAGCGCAUCAUUGAUGUAAUAUCUGAGGCAUUGUGGAAGUAUUCCGUUUUAGAAAAGUUCGAUAAUUCCCCUAUAUUGGCAAACAUACAGCAAAAGUAUGGCUUAGCACCCGAAGAUCUGCUACAAUUGGUGCGUGUGCAUGCCGAUGCUGUAGACAAAUCUUCCAGUGAUGAUGACAGUCGUGAUCGCAGUAAUCACGCUAGUUUGUCGCGUCGCAAAGCAGCGCGAAAGAAACGACGUGCCACAAUAAGUGGUGCAGCAGGAGUAGUGCGCCCAAUGUUGCAAGAGAGCGAACUAAAUCAAGGCAGCGGAAAUUUAAUGGCACGCAGCGUCACCGCUGCCGAAGAUGGAGCGCAAAAUCCUGUGCAUGAAUUAAAGUCACGGCGCGAGUUUGAUAGUUUCACCGAACGGAGUAUUAUACCACAGAUGUUGGGUUCGCCAGAGGAUUUGGCAAUAGUAGCAUUGUCUUUGAACAAUUUCAACGACGUCAAAUUCAUUAUUGAGACUUUUCACCUACAAAAUACCGCACUCAACCGGGAGCUGCUGUUCGUCGAACAACAACAGCAAAUCAAGCAUAAACUCGCAACUAUUUACGAGAAAUAUGAGCAGAAAGAGCAGUGCAGCGGCGUUGCGGAUCCGCCAAAAGCCACCGUGGAGCAGAUACGCAACGUGGCAGACAAAGGUUUCAGUAUAUCGCGAAUUAUCAGUGUCAUUGACAAAUUUGCGCUCACGCAAAGCAUACAAGCCACACCGGAACAACAACAAAUUUGCCAGCGCCACAUGAACAAUCCACAGUACUCAUUUUUGCGCAAUUUCGAGACUCACAACUUAAAUGCAAUCAUCAUCACAGAUUUGGUGCUCAAUUUGCCUUUCAAUCGCGAAAUCAUUUCGAAUGUGUUGACGGUCAUACGGCGUCAACAGCAAGUGCCCAGUGGAAGCAUGUCGCGUUCCUUUAGAACGGAGGCCACUGCCACUGCCACAGCCGGCAAUACCUCCAACACCAAUUCACAGUUAUAUGGCGAUAUGGGCGCCUUGACGUUGCUCGAAAAUCUCAGUGAAUGUUUGGCAUCCUUGAAGCAGCAGCGGCUAUCGCAGUUGCUUUACGACAAUCACUACUCGCUAAAACCACACAAAUUGGCAGUAGAGUUGCAGCGCGAGCGCGCCUUUCACAGCGUCUUUCUCAAAGCAGCUAGCGAAAUUGGGCACAUCGAUGAUUUGCGCACGCAUGGGUCACUCUUUCAUGAUCUCCAAGCGAAAUGCAAUUACUAUCAACGUUUCAUCGCCUAUGUGCAGCAACUUGCGUACCUAGUCCACUUGCGCGAUCGCAAUAUAGAGUAUCAUACGAGCGCACUGCUGAAGAUCAACAUCUGUGACGUCAUUGGCGAAUUGAUAUUCGAAUGCGAUAUGACGCCGCUGGAGAUCGAGGCGAAUGUAUCGGCUCUGAAUUUGAAUUUGGUGCAUGUCAUAGCGCUGAAUGUCUGUCCCGAAAUCGCCGGCAAAUGCGGUGGGGUUGGCGGCUGGAAGGGUGUGUGGCGCAAGAUCUCCGACCAAAAAGCCGAGAACAUACUUAACUAUGUGGCAAAUCAAAAUUCGUUACUGGCACGUCUGCUGCAGGGCGUCAUCAACGCAGCUGACGUGUCGUUGUCGGCAAAUAACUUAAGUACGCAGUACUUGGAGAGUUUGCUGGAGCUGGAGGAGAUUGAGUGCUUAGCGCAGUUAUUUGAUGGCAAUAAAUUUGUGGCAGCCUUGCGCUCCGACUACGAUCCCAGAGAUCUGGUAGCUAAUGUCACAUCGAAACUGACACAGUUGGAGCUGCUAACAUUGGAAUUGGGCUAUCAACCAAAAGCGUUGCAACAAGCGCGCACGGAUCAGCUGUUAGUACAAGUAAUCGAAGAGGAUGCGCGCAACAUUUGUUUGGCUGGGCGCAUACAUGACGUGGGUGUGCGCGCCAAGUUAAUACGCGACAAUUUUACGAAAAUUGCCACAACACGCCUGGCCAAGGAGUUAAUUGAAAAUACGCUGCAACAUAAGCAUGCGGCAACAAGCAUAUCAGUGGCGUUGCGCCACCAGCUCGAGGAAACCUUAGCUGACAUUACUAUUUACGCGAAAGUCUCCGAGGUGCUGCAGUUCGAGACGUGGCCGCGCGCUUACGACUUUGGCUUGAAAACGCCAACGGCGAUAUUUGAGAAAUUGUUGCAGCUGCAUUUGUACAAAUUGUGCUACAAUUGGUGUCGCGUGGUGAAGUUGACCGCGCACUUUGCUGCGCAAAAGCAACGUUUUUUGGAUGUGCUGCUGUACGCGCUGCUCGAGUUCCAUGACGAUAUAGGCGACAGCAGCACUUCCGCUGUCGGCGUUGGCGAUGGUGAGAGCGAAGUGAACAAAUACUUACUGCAGAUCCUCGAAACAUUCCCCGUUGCAGAUGUGGUCGAGUUUCUGGACAAACACAAAGACAAGUUUCGUUCGGUAUAUCUAAUGAGUUACGCCGUCGACUAUCUGUCACGCCACAAUCCGCACGAAUGUCAAAGCUAUCGAAAUUAUAAAAUUUCUCUCGUCAUUUUUGAACAGCUAACGCCCAACGAACUUGCUCCGUUCUGGAAACUUUUCAAAUACCCUUUGCUGAUAAUUGAGCAGUUGGUGAUGAAUACAAAAUUUGAGACGCUGACCAAAGUGCUAGCGGCUGUGCGUAGUGCGCUGUCGCACGUGGACGCCGUUGACGCGCAGGUGUGUUCCUUCUGUUUUGACAAACGCGGCCACAUUUACGACAUACACACGCGCAGUCCGAAUUCGCCGCUGAAAGUGAAGUUCCAACUGGGCACUGACACUGGCCAUACCACAAACUCUGCAUUUAUUUUGCUCAAUUUCAAUUUGUAUCAGAAGAAUCAUGUCAUCACGCAUGAGUGCAUCGAUUUGCUGCUCCGUAUCUACGGCACCAAGGCGCUGGACUAUCACGUCUCAGACAUCGCCUCUUCGUCGGAACGCAUCUCACAGACCACAGACAUGCAACAGUCGUUGGACUCGUUGUGUGGCGCAUUCCAAAUGCCGCCGACGGCACCGACGCGUGACGAUUGGGUGCGCGACGAUGAUGCCACGCACUGCAUGUGCUGCCAUCGUGCCGCGUUCACCAUGCUGAUGCGUCGCCAUCAUUGUCGUCGUUGCGGACGGGUGGUUUGCUUUGCCUGCUCAACGCAUCGCAUGCGCAUACCCGCUCUGUACGAUGAUGUGGAGGUGCGUGUUUGCAACGACUGCUUCAGCAAAACAGAAGAGGCGCAACGUAAGCGUGCGGAAGCUGAGGUAAAACGCGAUGGUGCUACGACUGCCGUUGGUAAUGGUGCGCGUGUGCGUGAAAUCGACGCUUAUAAGUGGCAGCUGUGCGGCAACAUUACGCACGACAAGCUGUUGCGUGAGGAGUUCUGCUACGAGCAUGCGCCCAGCGUGGCGCUAUGUCUCUCCAUACUCGCUUUUCAUCAGGGUCAACAGAAAUGUGUCGACUUGCUGUUGUAUCACUGCCACAAAUUGGAAAAACUAUUCGUGCCAAAUCCGGAAGUCGACUACGAAUUGGUGGCGAAGAUGAUGAGCUGUCUUGCAUUGGCUGCUAAGGUGCGUGGUGGCCCACCUGAAAUUGAAACUAUACGCGAGCAUGCGGCGAUUAUUAUGUCAGUGGUGCAAAAUGGCUGCGAGGCGCUAAUACCAGCGGGUCCUCUGAACAAUCACAGUCUUCGCAAACUGGGUGACUCGCUGGUGCAAGCAGAAAAAUGGGAUCUGGCAUUUGAGGUGCACCUCAAGUGUGGAUUUCCCACAGCCGGAGUUAUGGCCGCGCACGGGUUAUCUUGUCUGCGGGCAGGUUGUUUUGAUACAGCACGCGAGAAAUUCUCCCAUUGCAUGACGAAAUUGAGUAGCGAAUAUAUAAACGCAAAAAUCUGCAAAUACAUCAUGUCCACAUCCACUGAUGCCGACAACAAUGAGAGUCCCUUCGAGUGGUACAACGAUGUUGACAUUCAAGCAAUCAAAAGACCACAACGCGGUCCGCCACUAUUGCAGGAAAUAGUGAAAACUAUCGAGAACACGCCAUGUCUCAAGCCGCAACCAGAAACGCUGAAGCGCGCAUCGCUCAUACGCAGCUCGAACACUUCACUGGCAUCACUGCUAUCGCGCCGCAAAGACCCCUGCCCCAUACGCCUGCAUGAGCCCGCACUGGGCAUACUCAACACAUUGGCUAAUCUGAAAAAGAUCACAAAAGGUCAAUAUACUGAGGUACACAGCAAUUUCAGUGGUCUGCAUACGAAUUUGGACAACAAAUCACGUCAGUACUUGCAACACACGCGUGGCUUCGAAGAGUGUCUACACUAUGUGCUCACCUAUGGAUCGCACACGGAUGUGCUGCAAUUCCUCAUGCGCCAUCACGAGCUUAUCGCUACUUUAAAAUAUUACAUUGAACAAAAUCUCGAAACCGAAUUGUUCAUACAAAAUAUAUUUCUCAUAUCGCUGCGUAAUGGCGCUGUGCCCACUUUGAUCGAACACAUGCAAAAGCUGGACGCCAGUUUGUCGAUAUGGCGGGUGACACUACUGCAGACAUGCCACUACCUGGAGACACAGAAUCUACUCAACUCACUCUAUCAGCUGCAGCUACUGUUGCAGGAUCCUGUGCGCGCCAGCAUGACUUGUGUCAGAUUCUACUCGAAAAAUUGUGAUAGCUUCCAGAAAUUGCAUGCCAACGCAAUGCAUUUGCACAAUGCGCACAAGCAUUUGCAGUCGCAACUCGAGGUGACGCAGUGGGAUAAAGUGGAUUUGGAGCCUAUGCUGCGCAAAAGAAACAGCUCAGUUGGCAGUCGACGCUCGAGUAGGGGGUCUGGUGCGCAUACACCCGCUCUGCACUCGAGCUUUUUGAUGGAAAUGGAUGCGCGUGCACUGAACAGUCACAUCAAUACGAUCUUAAUGCAAUUGGAGGUGGCGAAAUUUCUCGCGCAUUGUGAGAAGGAGUCCAACCCAGCGGAGGAGCCCAUCACUUUGAAAACACUGAAGCAGAUACGCCUUGACCACAGCCUCAAGUUAAAGCUGCCCACACUAUUCGAUGGUCUCCAAGAGCGCAUAGAAAUUAGCAUUUUAAUUCUGCUAUGCGGCAAAAAUAUCGACGAGGGUUUUGGUUUGACCUACAGGAUCAUUAAUCAUUACAAAUUGCCUGGGAUGAAAGUAUUUGCAGCAGCUGCCAAGUUUCUUGCCUGCAAUCAGCGUAUUGGCGAAGUCGAGAAGUUGAUUAGCUGCAUAACGAGCAACAAUGGCAUCCAAACGCGUGACAUUGACGAAAUCCUUUCGGUCGCUAUCAAUUCGGCGUGUAAUAGCAACGCGCCAGAGGUGAAAGCUGCGCUCGAUAAUCUCGCCAAGAAGAUCCAUAGCGUUGAAUUGCGCAUAUCUUGUCACAUCUUUAUUGGCCAAUUGAAAUCGGCAUACCUUUUGGCGAAUAAAUAUGAACGCAUCGGUGAUAUUCGUCGCAUACUCCGGCAAGCCGAACUCACAAAUCAGGUGCAUAUAAAGAAAUUGUGCGAAAGAAAAUUGAAUUUUAAUGCAGCCGCACGUGAAUAAAUUCCAACACGACUGAAAAAUAGAACAAAUAUACCUUUUUACAUGUUUGUAUGUGCAUGCAUACGUACAUUUGUAUGUAUUUCUGUUAAUCGAAUCGUUAGAUAUUUACAUGUAUUGUUGUGAUUUUACCUAAUAAGCUUUUACCAAAUUUAUACAAACUCUUAUACAUAUACAUACGUGCAUACACACAUAUAACCAUACACAAAAUAAAGUAUAAACCAUUUUAUGUAUCCUUAAUCAUCGUGCCUGAUAUGCUAGUUGAUGAAUUCCAUGAUCUAAUACUGGCUGGCUGCCAUGAGGCCUACACUCACAUACGGGUGCGAAGUCUGGUUGCUGGAAUCGAAUGAAACCAAUCAGUUACGUGUAAAUUGUUUUGAAAGAAAGAUUCUAAGAAAAAUAUAUGGACUCCUGUACGGCUUGAAGACACACUUAACAGGGGUGCAAAUGUAAUCAGGUACAUCAAA